UUCACAACCGGGCUGUAUAAAAUUGGGCCCCCACGAUAAAACACUGGCCUACCUCGUCCUUCGUAUUAUACCCGUCUCUCUCCUCUGAGUCGAGCCAGUUACGACUCGCAACAAAUUAGGUUUUCGAAAAACAGGAAAAAAAGGGAAAGGACGAACAGAUCGGAGCAGAUGCAGAUCGUCGCAGCAAACUAGGCCGAUCCCUGUAACUAAGGUGAACUAGGAGAGUGUAAAAGCUGGUCUGUCAAGAGUUUUAAGAGAUGCCUCCACAUAGAUCGGGAGGAACGGUUGACCCUGGAUGGGAGCAUGGAUGUGCUCAAGAUAACAAUAAGAAGAAAGUCAAGUGUAAUUAUUGUGGGAAAGUAGUAAGUGGUGGGAUAUUUAGGUUCAAGCAACAUUUAGCUAGGAUUUCAGGUCAAGUUACAUACUGCAACAAUGCGCCAGAAGAAGUUUGUUUGAAAAUGAAAGAAAUUUUGGAAGGAUGUCAAUCUAUUAAGAAGCAAAGGCAGAUAUCAGAAGAGGAAGAGCAGGCGACAUUGCCUUGGCAUUCUAAUGAGGAUUACGAGAUAGAAGAAAGUCCGGUUGUUAGUAAACAGAAGCUGAGGCAAGUCAUUGCGAAUGAUAAGAGCACGGUUAUGCACAAGACUCCUCUACGGUCACUUGGAUAUACUGAUCCUGGUUGGGAACACGGUGUUGCACAAGAAGAAGGGAAAAAGAAGGUGAAAUGCAACUAUUGUCAAAAAGUUGUUAGUGGUGGUAUAAACAGGUUCAAACAGCAUCUAGCUAGGAUACCUGGAGAAGUCGCUCCGUGCAAAAAUGCUCCAGAGCAAGUAUAUCUUGAUAUGAAAGAGAACAUGAAGUGGCAUCGUACUGGCAGGAAAAAUCUAAGACCCGAUACUAAGGAAACAGCAAGUUUCUACAUGCACUCAGAUAAUGAUUAUGUACCGGAGGAAGAACAAGACGAAGAUCUUGUAGAUUAUGGUAGUCCAACAAAGUUAUUAGCUUAUGAAAAAAGCUUGGAGAGGGACACAAACAGGAGAGUUAGGCGUAGACCUGCUGAUAAUGAAGCACAACCAAAACGAUCAAAAUUGGAUACUAUCAGUCAUAAGAUGCUGACAAACAAUACACCAGUAUCACAGCCAUCGGCCAAUGUGAUAAAAGUAAAGCUAGGAUCUUCUAUAAGAAAUAGCAAGGAAGUUACAUCGGCGAUUUGCAAAUUUUUCUAUCAUGCUGGAAUUCCUACAAAUGCAGCCAGUUCUCCAUACUUCCAGAAGAUGCUGGACUCGGUUGGUCAAUAUGGUCAAGGCUUGAAAAUCCCUUCUAGUGAACAUAUAGCUGGUCAGUUUCUCGAGGAUGAAAUUGCUGAGAUUAAGAAGUACUCUGUGGAUAUUAAGGGUCAUUUUACAAGUUUUGGCUGUACUAUUAUGGCUGAUAGCUGGAAAGAUUCACAAGGGCGAACACUAAUCAACUUCUUUGUAUCUUGUCCACGUGGCAGAUACUUUGUUUCUUCUGUUGAUUCGACCGAUAUCGUAGAAGAUGCUGAAAAUUUGUUCAAGUUGUUGGACGGAGUAGUAGAAGAGAUCGGCGAGGAACAUGUCGUGCAGGUUAUAACCGAUAAUACUGCAACUUAUAAACUUGCUGGGAAAAUGCUCGAGGAGAAGAGGAAGAGUUUGUUCUGGACACCAUGUGCUGCCUCUUGUAUUGAUCAGAUGCUAGAAGAUUUUGUGAAGAUUAAGUGGGUAGGGGAGUGCAUGAACAAUGGCCAAAAGGUUACAAAGUUCAUCUAUAACCGACCAUGGCUGCUAAAUCUAAUGAAGAAGGAAUUUACAAGGGGUAGGGAACUUCUUAGUUCCGCUCAUACGAGGAUUACGUCUGGUUUUGCUAAUUUGCAAAGAUUAUUGGAACAUAGGAAUGACAUUAAAAGAAUGUUUCAAUCAGAUAAAUGGGUUUCAUCCCGCUUUUCUAAACUGGAUGAAGGCAAGGGAGUUGAGAAUAUUGUCUUAAAUCCUACGUUUUGGAAGAAGAUGCAAUUUGUAAAAAAAUCUGUAGAGCCUAUCUUGCAAGUGCUUCAGAAGUUGGAUACUGAAGAACGACUGCCCAUGGCAUCUCUUUACAAUGACCUUUACAAGGCUAAGCACACGAUCAAGUCUAUCCAUGGUGAUGAUAUCCAGAAAUACGGACCAUACUGGGGAGUGAUUGAAAACCAUUGGAACCCAUUCCAUCAUCCUCUGUAUAUGGCAGCUUACUUCCUUAAUCCAUCGUGCCGUUAUCGUCCCGAUUUCGACAAUCAUCCCGAGCAGUCCGAGAUCAUUCGUGGACUAAAUGAAUGUAUUUUUCGACUAGAGCCAGAUCCUUCAAGGAGAGUUUCUGCAUCUAAGCAGAUUAUUGAAUUUACUGCUGCGAAAGCUGAUUUUGGGAUGGAGUUGGCUGUAAGCUUAAGAACAGAACAGGAUCCAGCUACAUGGUGGGAACACCAUGGAAUUAGUUGCCUAGAUCUUCGACGGAUAGCCAUGCGCAUAUUAGGCCAGACGUGCUCAGCCUUUGGCUGUGAACAUCACUGGAGUAUAUAUGACCGGAUUCGUUCAAAGACACACAACCUUGUUGCAAACAAAAGAUUGAAUGACUUAAUAUAUGUUCAUUACAACUUGCGUCUUAAGGAACGCCAUACAAAAAGAACAGUCAACAACUCUACCUCACUUGACACUAUGCUGCUAGAGAACCUAUUGGGUGACUGGACUGUGGAGUCUGAGAGACCAACCUUGCAGGAAAACAAGGAGAUUCUCCUUGAUGAGACAGAACAGGGAGAAACUGAUGAAAACGAAGCUAAUCUUGAUGUUCACUCGGGUUCCAUGAUCGAGUCUUUGGAGGUUCAACCAGUUGUCGAAGUCACCGCGAAAGUCGAAGAUGAAGAUCUUAAUUUACUCGAUGAUUUGACUGAUUAAUUGGUAAAUGAGUGAAUCUCACAUAGAACAAGGAUAGUUUAACGUAGGAUACAUAUUGAAAUAAACUUUGUAACAUAAGAAUAUUGGCUUGUGAACUGAAUUUGAUUUAGAGAGAGGGAGAUACUGAAUGUAGUUUGUUGUAUGAUUGUAUGUUCUUAUCCGAUUCUAUGUUGGUUCAUAUCAUUCAGCACGGGCCCUCAGUUACAAAACGUAGAAGCCUCCUAAUCUAAUUUAUGCUGAUAUUUGCUUAUACUAAAGCUACUAAGAAGAUAUUUUCAA